AUGACUUCAAUUGGUACUGGUUACGAUCUAUCCAAUAGUGUUUUCUCCCCUGAUGGUAGAAAUUUCCAGGUGGAGUAUGCCGUCAAGGCCGUCGAAAACGGCACUACUUCAAUCGGUAUCAAGUGUAAUGAUGGUGUGGUAUUUGCAGUGGAAAAACUCAUUACUUCCAAAUUGCUAGUUCCACAGAAAAAUGUCAAGAUUCAAGUCGUAGACCGUCACAUCGGUUGCGUUUACUCAGGAUUGAUCCCUGAUGGCAGACACCUGGUUAAUCGUGGUCGUGAGGAAGCCGCGAGUUUCAAAAAGUUGUACAACACACCCAUUCCCAUUCCUGCAUUUGCUGACCGUCUGGGACAGUACGUGCAAGCGCACACCUUAUACAAUAGUGUAAGACCGUUCGGAGUGAGUACUAUAUUUGGUGGUGUAGAUAAGAAUGGAGCCCACCUCUAUAUGUUGGAGCCAAGUGGCUCUUAUUGGGGGUACAAGGGUGCUGCUACUGGGAAAGGUAGACAAUCUGCUAAAGCAGAAUUGGAGAAAUUAGUUGACCAACACCCACAGGGUCUUACAGCGAGAGAGGCCGUUAAACAAGCUGCAAGGAUUAUUUACUUAGCACACGAAGACAACAAAGAGAAAGACUUCGAAUUGGAAAUAAGUUGGUGCUCACUAUCGGAAACAAACGGUCUGCACAAGUUUGUCAAGGGCGAUCUGCUCCAGGAAGCCAUCGAUUUCGCUCAAAAAGAGUUGAACGGUGAUGAUGACGAUGCUGAAGGUGAUAGCGAUAAUAUCAUGUCUAGUGAUGAUGAAAACGCUCCGGUGGCUACGAAUGCAAACGCUACUACUGACCAAGAGGGGGACAUUCACCUAGAAUAG